AUGGCCCACACGCAACAGCCUGACGAAUCUCUUCAAACUCUGCCGCCUCGUCAACAACCCGAUCCUGUGCAGGAUGCCCAGAGCCAAGCGCCAUGGUUUUCUGAAAACUACUUCACGACGCGCCAUCCCGCAACACGCGCACUGCGUACGGCCUAUAUCAAGAUCAUCGGCAUCAUGAGUGCAUUCGUGAUCGUGUUCAUGAUGGGAGCCUUGUCAAUUUACUGGGGCGCGCUGUAUGUGACGCCGCAGCAGGCUCAUAAUCUGGCCGUUUGGAUAGUCGAUAGCGAUGGCGGAACCAUUGGGCAGACCGUCACGCAGGCCUACCUGAACGCCACCGGCCCCAAGACCGUUCUGCACUACGAGGUCGCCCAGCCGCCUUUCACCGACGCUGCGUCACUGGAGGGCUAUCUGGUGGACGAGAGGGCUUGGUUGAUUAUACACAUCAACGAAGGCGCGUCCGCAAACCUGUCCGCGGCGGCUCAAGCCGCCGAUGGGUCCUACAAUGGCACUAGAGCGGUCACUAUGUACGGCAAUGAGGCGCGGCAAGAGAACGCUUACCGUUCGACUGUUAAGCCACAAGCUCAGCAGGUCUUCCAGAAAGCUGCUGCGAUGUUCGUCUCGAGAUACGCCUCGCAGUUAGCGGAUCAGGGCGUAAAUGUCACGGCGCUUGCAGAGAACGCCCCCUCGGUGCUCACCCUCCCGCUAUCGUUCGUCGAGGCCAACGUACGCCCGUUCGAUGUACCAGUCGCAACCGCGGUGGACUUCGUCGGGCUGAUCUAUCUCCUCGUUCUGAGUUUCGUUAUCUCAAUGAUCCACUGGGGAGCACGCGUCGAUGCCACCCAUCUUGAGGACCACCUCUCAUUCGGUUCCCUCGUCGCUGCCCGCAUCGUCAAUCCCGUCAUCAUCUACUUCUUCCUCUCGGUCUUCUACGCGCUCAUCUCGUACGCAUUCCAAACUCCUUUCGGCCGCUUCUACGGGAACUCCGGGUUCGUGAUCUACUGGAUGAUGUGUUGGAUGGGCAUGUCGGCGUUGGGGCUUGCCACGGAGUCCAUCAUCACGAUCCUCACACCUCGCUUCAUUUCCUUUUUCCUCCUCUUGUGGAUCAUCGCCAACGUAUCUGUGGCGUUCUUCCCCAUUGAGCUACUUCCCGGCUUCUAUCGCUACGGAUACGCCAUGCCGUUUUACAACGUCUCGCGCACCGUUCGGACCAUCAUCUUCAACACGCGAAACCAAAUCGGAUUGAACUUCGGCGUCCAAUUCGCAUGGAUCGCUGUAUCAAUUGUUGGCAUUGUUUCGUUCCAGUGGAUCCGUUAUCGCGGCGCUAGGAAGGCAUGGCGUGACUCUCAAUCCCGCGAGAAGGAUGCGGUCUAA